AUGGAUAAUUAAGUAGAAGAAUUAAUUUCUAUUCAUAAUGAUCACUAAAAUCACUAAACUGAAGUAAUUAACGAAAAUUAAGUUGAAAUUAAUAGUAUUAUGUAGGAUUAAAAUAAUGGAUAAGAUGAAGAAUCGAAGGCACAUUAAAAUCAAGGGGAUCAAAUUGUUAAGAAUGUAAAUAUAAAUAAUGAAUAAUUGGAAUAAUUACAAUAAAAUUUCAUGAAUGCAAAACAUGAACUUGAAGAGUAGAUUAAAAAAUAUACUUCAUUAGAAUUUUAAUUUAGUGAUUUACAAUCUUCUUAAUAACAAUAAAUCCAAUAAUUAGAAAAUGAAUUUAAUCAUAAAAAUGAAGAGAAUUAAAGAAAAAUAAAAGAGUAUUAAAAUAAAUUAGAUAAUAUACAAAUGGAAUAAGAUAAAUUAUAGAUUUCUUUGAAAAAAUCAGAAUAAAAAUAUAAUUAACUUUAAGAGAUUUAAGUAGAAUAGAAUAAUUAACAUAGAAUAGAUAUAGAGUCAUUAAUAGAAAGAUUAUAGAAAUCAGAAUCAUCUAAAGAUAAAUUAUAAUAAGAAUUAUAGAAGCAUUAAAAUAAUUUAGAUUUGAUUACCAAAUAAAAAAAAGAAAUAGAUUCUUAUAAAAUAUAAAUGUCAGAAUAAAAUAAUUUAAUUGAUAUAAUUAAAUAAGAUAAUAAAAUUAUUGUAUAGAAUUUAGCUGAAUAAUUGAAAAAAGAAUAAUAAAAAACACAUGAUGUAAAUAAUGAAAAAGUAAAACUAGAAUAAUCAAUUUAAAGAUAAUUAAAUGAAAAGAAUGAAUAAAUUAAAAAGAUAUAAAAUGAAAUUCAUUAAUUAAAUCAAUAAUUAUCUUCUUCAGAAUCAAAAAGUCAAAAAACUAUCAAAUUAUUAGAAGAUUAAAUAGAAAAAGCAAAUAUUGAAAUUAAAGAUUUAAAAUAAAAAUCUUAAUAGAUUAAUAACAUUAAUGAACAAUAAAAAAUGAAAUUAAAAUAAUAAGAAGAGAUUAUUACAUAAAUAAUUGAUGAAAAUACUUUAUUUAAAAAAUAAAUUGAAGAUUAAUAAAAACAAAUAAUUAAACUUAAAGAAUAAUGUUAAAAGGAAUAAGAAUAAAAAUUACAUUUUGAUAAAAAAUGCUUAAAUUUAUUAGAAGAGAAAGAUAAUGCAGAAUUGAAAAUAAAUUAAUUAGAAUCUAAAAUAAUAGAAUAAUAGAAUAUUUAUAAAUCAUUUGAAAACAAUUCACUUUAAGAUUAAGAAAAUUUUUAAAAUACUAUUAAAUCUUUAAAAUAAAAAUUAAUAGAUGAAAAAUAAAUUUCAGAAGAUAAAAUUUAAGAAUUGAAUAAUUAAAUAUAGUAACAAAACUAAAAUAAUUAAAUUAUUACUAAAUCAUAGUAAGAAUAAAAUAUUUAAAUUGAAAAUCUCAAUAUAUAAAUUGCAGAUUAUGAAAAAUAAAUUAAUUAAAAUUCACAAAAGAUUUAAGAUUUAGAUUAAUAGAUUUAAAAUUUAUAAAUAAUAAAUUAAACAUAAAUAGAAUAAAUUGAAAAGUGUAAUUAAGAGAUGCAUCAAUAUAAUUAAAAGUUAAUAUUAGAAAUCAAUACACAGGAACAAUUAACAUAGUAAUUAAAUUAAUAUGAAGACAUAAUUUAAGAAUUGAAAAAAGAAAAUUAAGAAUUCUUAGUAUAAAUUGAUAAACUUAAAGAAAGUAGUAAUGUAGAAAAAACUUAAAUCUAAUAGGAAUUAUCUAAUAAAUAAGAAGAAAUAACAAACUCUAAAGAAUAAAUAAAAAUAGAAUUAAAAGAAAAAGAUGAAAUUAUAAUUAAUUUACAAUAGAAUAUUGAAUAAUUAUAAUAAAGUGCUUCAUAAUUAUAGGAAGAAAACAAUAAUUACAAUUUAAAAUUAUAAUAAUAAUAAGAAAAAUUAUAAGAAUUUACUAAUAAUGUUGAAAUAUUAACAUAAUAAAUAAGUGAAAAAGAUAAUAAUAUUAGAUAACUUGAAGAUAUUAAAUAAUCCUUUUAAUCUUAAUUAGUGUUAUGGACAGAAACUAUAAAUUUAAAGGUUAAUGAUUUAGAAUAAUUAUCUUAAAAAAAUGAUUAAAAUACUAAAGUAUUGAUGUAAGAAAUAUCAGCAUUAACUAAUAAAACAAAAGAUUAAGAAUGUAGUUCUGAAAUUGAAAUAAGUUCUCAAAAUGAAAGUCAAAAGGAUAAAAAAAUAGAAUAGCUUUAAUAAGAACUUUUAGAUUUAAAAUAAAAAUUGGAAAGUAAUACAUAAAUAUUUGAAACUAAAUAUUCUUCAUUAAGAGAAGAACAAUCUAAAUAGUAUGAGGAAACACUUCAAAAUAAUUUAAAUAUAUAAAAAUAAUAAUUAAUAAAUUAAUAUGAUCAAUAGAUUUGUGAACUUUAAAAGGAGAUUCAAAUAUAAAAAUAAUAGUUAUUAGAUUAUGAAUAAGAAUAACAAUAAUUUAAGGAUUAACAGAAACUUAUAAUGGAAUAAUACAUAAAAGAAAUUGAAGAUUUAACAUAGAUAGUCUAAAAUUAAGAAUUAUAGAAAUCAAAUCUAAUUAAAGAUUUGGAAUUGAUAAAAUUAUAAUUAUAAGAAAUGGAAAAUUUAAAGGAAGAGAAUUUAAAUUUAUAAAACAUUAUAAAAACAGAAUAAGAACAAAAAAAUAUUAUUGUUUAACAAUUUUAAUAAGAAAUUGAUAUUUAAAAAUCUUAAAUUUUAGAAGAAUAAAAAAAUAAUGAAAUUAAUUUAGACAAAAAUAAUUAGUUGUAGUAAUAAAUCUAAGAGUUAAUAGCAAAUAAAGAAAAAAUUAAUGAUGAUCUAGAAUUAAUGUAAGUAAGUUUGAAGUAAGAAUAAGAAAAAGAACUUAAACUAUUAAAUGAAUUCAAUGCUUAGAGUAUAAUAUUAGAAUAAUCUUAAUUAAAUCUUGAUGCCAAAAUUUAAUAAAUGAAAGAAUUAGAAUAAUAAUAUUAAUCUGAAAUUCAAUAGUAAAAAGAUUAAAUUAUUGUUUUAAAUAAUUAAAUAUUAGAAUUAGAAUAACAAAUAGUUUUACUUAAAAAUUCUCAUUUGAUUGAAUUAGAAUCAAAUUCUAAUAAUUUAUAGAUGAAAAUAAGUCAGGAGAACUAAAAUAGUUUAAUAUAAUUACGUAAUGAAUUUGAAAUAGCAGUAUAAACAUUUUAAUAAUAAAAACAAAUAAUGCAAUAAGAAAUUGAUACAUUAUAGUUGUAGAUUGAAUAAAUAGAACUUAAGAAUUUAGAAUAAAAUUAAUAAUAAUAAGAAUAAUUUGAGAAAAAGUCUAAAGAAUAAUAACAAGAAGUGGAUUUAUUAAAGAAAUAAAGAUAGGAAUAAGAUGAAAUGAUAUAAUAAUUAUAAAAGUCUUAAUUUUAAUUAAAAGAAAGAGAAGCUUAAUUAGAUUAAUUAAAUAUUUAAUUAUCUUCAUAUUAAGAAGAACUAUAUCAAAUGGAAUAGAAAUAUGAAAAUAAAUUAUUAUCAUAAAAACAAAAGCAUGAAUCAUAAAUAGAUGACUUGCAUAGAUUAAUUUAAGAACUAAAGUAACAAUUAGAUACUGUUGAAAGUGAAGGAAGAAUGAUGUAAAAUAGUUUAAAUGAAAUGGAAGUAUUGGAUUUUAAAUGUAAAGAAUUAAAAACUGAAAAUUAAGAGCUUUAAUUAAAAAUAUAAGAACUCUAAAAUUUAUUAGAUUCACAGAAAUCAGAUAUUUAAAAUAAUAAUUAGAAUAAUGAAUAAAAGGAUGAAAUAAAAGAGUUGAAUUCUUAAAUUUAGAAAUAUUAAUAAGAAAAUUUGGAAAUUUAACAAUAGUUUAUUUAAGAAAGAGAAUAAUCAAAUACUUUAAUAGUAGAAUUUAAAGGAGAAAUUUAAGAAUAAAAGAAAUUAAUUAUACAAUAUUAAGCAUAAAUAUAAUCAUUAACUUAAUAAUAAUAAUAGAGUAAAUAAAGUUAGGAUUCCACUAAUUUAAUUAAUUUUAAUCCAUAUUUAUAAAAUCAUUCUUAUUAAUAAGCUUAAUCAAGUGAUAAAUCAAAUAAUAUACCUUAAAAAGAAUAUUAAAUAUUAGAGAAAAAGUCAAAAGAAUAAUAAAAUUAAAUUAAAUAAUUAUAAAAUGAACUUAAUGCUUUGAAGUAACAAUAAGAAGAGUAAGCAAGAGUAUAAAAUUAAAAGUCAUCAAGAAAUUCUACUUCUAUGGAGACAAUAGUUGAAAAAUGUGCAGCUCUUUAAUAAAUAAUUGAUGAAUAAAGUAUAAUAAAUUCAAAAUUGAAUGUUGAGAUUGGUCUUUUUAAAUAAUAAAAUGAAUAAUUAAAAGAAGACAUAAGGUUAUGUCAUCAAGAACUUAAGGAACUAAGAGUAAUUUCAGAAGAUAAAUUUAGAUUGGAAAGUGAACUAUAAUAGGCACUUGCAGUAAUAGCAGAGCAUCAAAAUAAAAAAAAUAUAUUUAAUCAAAAUAAUUAAUUAACCUAAGAGUUAUAAGAGAGAAAUCAAAAAUAAUCUGAAGAAUUAGAAAGUUUAAAAAAGUAAUUGAAAUAAUUUGAGAAAUAGAAAUAAAAGGUAAUUUUAAUUAAAAUUAUUAGAUUUAAGAAAAAUUGAAUGAAACAGUGGAAGAAUUGGAAAAAUUGAAGAAGUAAUUAGAAAUAUCUUAAUAAGAAUAAGAUAAAAAAAAUACAAAAAUAAUUGAAUUAGAAAGGUUACUUUAAUCAUAAUUGUAAGAUUUUUAAAUUUUGGAAUCUUAAUAUAAUGAAUCAAUUAAGAAUAGUGGAAUUUUUGAAAAAUAAUUAGAGGAUUUGAAUAUAAAAAGUGCAAGAGAAAUAGAAGAGUUAAAUAAAGAUAAUCAAUAAAAAUAAUAAAGAAUAUCAUAGAUGUAAGUGGAAAUAUAGAGUUUAAUAAGGGAUGUUCAUGCUUUAAAGGAUUUUUAGGCUAGAUAGAAAUAAGUUUCUGAUGCUCCAUUAACAAAAAAAGAUAAAAUUGUUGUAGAAUCUUUGGCAAAUAGAAUAUAAGAAUUAGAAAUGUAGAAUAAAACAAUAAAGGAUCAAUUUUCAGGGAAAAUAAUUAAAUUAACAAAUGAAUUAGAAGAAAAAAUUUCAUACAUUCAACUUUUAGCAUAUCAUCUUAGUAAAGCAUAUCCAAAUUUAACUGAAGCUGAUUUGUAAAUAUUAUAAUAAUAAUUAUAUAUAGGAUAGAAAAAGAGGAUAUUAAAUUAAUCCAAUAAAUCAAGAAGAAAUAAAAUAUUUAAGAAAUAAUAGAAGUAUAUAUAUUAUAAAUUAUGAUAGAAAACAAUGAUUGAAAAUUUACAGUUAAGAGAGUAGAUUAAAUUAUUAGGAGCUGAAUUAAAUAAGAAAAAAUGA